AUGAUCGAUGCGGUAGUCGGCUUACCCGCGCUGUCCUUCUUCCUGAUCCCGACCAUGACAUCUUACUCGACGUCUCUGAACCUGCUCUUCUUCUACCUCACCUGGUCGACUUUGGUACUAUCGCACCCACCAUUACGAGUGGAAAUCGUCGCGACUCUGGCGGUCAAGAUCCUCUUCUACAUCCUCCCCUCGGCGUUCUUCCUACUUUUCGACGCGUUGCUCCCUUCCGCGGCGGAGAAUCUGAAGACAUUGGGCGACUCCGCCCUGCCGUUCAAGAGCGCAAGCCGUCAACGAACCGUGCGCAUGCUUCGCACACUGGGCUGGUCACUAUUCAACGUUCUCCUGGGCGUUGUACUCCAGGCACUCGUCGAGGUCUUCUUCACCCGAGUCCUCGUCAUCCGCUCCGCCCUCCGCGUGACCACUACGCUUCCACUGCCGUUUGGGAUCGCCAAAGACCUGGCGCGAGGCUACCUGCUACGUGAAGUCAUCACGUACGUCCUUCACCGGUACACGCUGCACAAGUCUCACACGACCCUCGCGCGCGCCCACCAGGACUGGUACCACUCACUGCCCGCCCCCUUCCCAUUGGCAGCCAGCUACGACCACCCCGGUGCAUAUCUUGCGCGCUCGUUCCUCCCGACCUACCUCCCCGCUGUACUGUUCCGCUUCCACCUUCUCACAUACGUCCUCUACCUGACGCUCGUGUCGCUUGAAGAGACCUUCGCUUACAGCGGCUACUCGAGCUUGCCGACGAAUUUCAUUCUCGGCGGCGUCGCGCGACGGACAGAUACCCACGUGCUGUGUGGCGGGGAGGGCAACUACGGGCCAUGGGGUCUGGUGGAUUGGAUCAUGGGCACGAGUGUCGGGGCAGAUGUUAUUGACGAUGUGAGGGCUGAGGCUGACAAGCACGACGUCCCUGCCAGAAUGGAUAAGGCAAAGGACAAGGCAAAGAAGAAGGUCAAUGGCAAGCUGGCCGAGGCGAAAAAUGGCGGGACGAGGCGGAGGACAAGAAACCGAAGUGCCAGUUGA